ACCAGACGGUUAUGCAGUUAUAGUUUUAUAGAAUUGUUGAAACAAGUUCCGAAAGUUCUUAUUAGCAUUCCUAUAACAACAAUUCAUAAGUUUGCAUGCAAGUCGUGGAGGUACAUGAACACAUAUGAUAAGGGAUUAGAGGGCAGGGCUGCCAAGUGGACAGUUAACAAAUAUAAAUUGCACUGUCGUUUACCAGAGGGCAUUGAAAAAUUAAUUAAAUAA